AUGAGGAAACUAAGAAUCAAGGGAUGGGAUGAAGGUGGACAUAAGAAGAAAGGUAAAUCUACCAAUGAGGGUGAAGGUGAGAAGGGAUGGCAUGAGGCUGAAGGUGAUAAUGAUACUGUUCCAACUAACGCAAAAAGACAAAAGAUGAGCAGAGGACCUAUGACUUGCAAAAGAUGCGGAGAAAAAGGUCAUAGACAAGCUAGUUCCAAGUGCCCAUUGAAUGGGACCGCAAAAAAGGGGCAACCUAGGAAGAAUGUUACAAAACAAAUGCAGCAAGGACCUAGCACCCCACAGAGGCCAACUAGGGAACAAAUCCUACGGGAUAGUCCAGGAAGGGUCACAAGAAGCAUGGUGGCAAUGUUAUUAGGAGAUGGCAUAUCUUCACAACCUGACAACACUAGCCCCGUGAGGAUGCCUACCCCGGUGCCACCAUAA